GAUUACUGUUCGGUUACUACCCGAGAGUGCCGCCGCUGUGCCGAAGACAUCCAGAGGUCGUCUGGUUGCUGGCGCGCUCUGGCGGGCACCCAUUGUUAAUUAUCUUCGUCAGUUAUUGUCGAGGUUAUGUCGUAAAAGGUAGAUUGUGUUGUUGUCUCUUGGUUCGUCCAAUCAAUGUAGUGCCGAGUGAAAGAUGGCCGAAGAGCUGCUGGUCACACUUAACAGAAAAGAAGACCUGGGCUUUGGAUUUUCGCUUUUGGGAAAACCCGGCCUGCCGCCGAUCAUUUACAACAUCCUGGAGGAUUCUCCAGCUGCAGAAAGUGGCGAGGUCGAAGUAGGCGACGUCAUAGUGAGAAUUAAUGAAACUGAUGUCAAUAAAUUUUCUACUAAAGAAGUUUUAAAAUGCCUACGACUAUCUUCAGACCCGGUCACCCUUCAAAUAAAACGAGAUCCGAAGAUAAAGGCAACGUUCCGGAAGCACCUAAUAAAUGCGGGUUUAGAAGGGAACGACAUGCCGGCGGUACGGAAUCGCAGGGGUUAUUCACGGCCUCGACCUGAACCGGCCGUGCACCAACCCUUCGCACGCACCAAUGGCACAUGCUCCGAAGAAGAGGAGCUCCUAUCGGAUCACUUCGAAGAGGAGGAACGACUCCAGUGGGAACCUCUUGCCAGCAACAAUGACUUCGUCAAGCCAAAGGUGGCCCCCAAGUUCGAAGCCUACAUGAUGACCGGAGAGCACAUCCUGAAUAUUUCGCGAAUCCCACAAAGCAGUUUUAUAACGAAACAACACAGAAAGAUGGAAGGUGUAAGGUAUCGUAAUUCCCACGGUCAUCAUAUACGCCACCAGCAGCAGCCGCAACAGCAGCACAACUCGGUACCAAACAGUCCCAAUGAAUCGGACCUGGGUCACAGGUCGCAUCAUUGCAAUUCAACUUCAAAUUCCGCCAACACCUCCCCCGUCAGUGCCAACAAACGUGAUUCGAACUCUUCGGCGGACGGCGAUCCCACGGCAAAGACCUCCAACAUGUUAGGUUUCAAUUCGAACACGUUCGUACGCACCAGCCGAUCAGAAGAUCAGUUGCAAGUGCAAAAAGACUCGAACGUGAACGCUGUCGACAUAGACUUCGAAGAUGACGUGACCAGUUCCCUCAACACGCUCCUGGACACCAGAUCCGAAGCCAGUUCGAACAGUAACUCUUCCAAUAAUGUGUGUUCUUCAACGAAAACGGAUCGAAUCGUUUGGACAUACAACGCGCCAGUUACAGCCACUUCCAUGGACCAUCACUACCACAAAACGUGCUGUCACACGUUAUCGAAUGGUAGCAAUUCCUCACACAGUAUUUCCUCGCCUUCUUCGCCAAGUCCUCUUCGUUCUGGCUCACCUCCUUCUCCUACUUCCGUUUCCUCGUCUGUAAUGUCGAGUAGAUCCGGUUCCUGUCGUCUGCCUUACACUUUGACCAACGGUCCCCAUCCUGACAGUGGUACCGGACAAUAUCAAAGGACUAAUGGAGAUUUCAGCAUCUCCGAAGCCAUUUCGAACAUCUCCAGUCCCGACUACCACGACGAUACCAGCAUAGGUAUCCGCGACUGUGUUAUGGAGAUCAGUGAUCAUAGUGACAGUGAUAGUACGCUACUUGUGUCGGAACCUCGUCAUAGCAGGCAUCGCACCAACAGUGGGGGUAACAGUGAAAGUGAACAUCGAAUCGUGAUUCAAGUGAAGGGGCCGGACAAAGAUGGGACCGGCUUUAAAGACAGGGGUAGGCAGGGUAGUAGGGAAUUCGACUACGCCGGUAGGAAUAGGAGUGAUUUUUACAGUGAACAGGCAUCUAGGGAUUUGAACGACCAAGAAUCAAGUAGGAAUGAAGACUCAGGGGAAGAUGGUGGAACGCUUAGAGAAUCGGGAAGAAAUACUUCUUCACCCCCAUCUUCGGAGGACGACAGUGAUAUCGAAAGCCUUCAUAGUUUUCACUAUUCUCCGAAAGCUGUUGAUUUGCCGUCAGCCAUUCGCCUUGCCAAGAGAUUAUAUUGUCUUGAUGGAUUCAAAAAGUCGGAUGUAUCAAGACACCUUAGUAAAAAUAAUGAAUUUAGUAGAGCCGUAGCGGAAGAAUAUUUAAAAUAUUUUAACUUCGAACAUGAUACAUUAGAUGUAGCGCUAAGAAAGUUCCUCAAACAAUUCUCUCUAACUGGUGAAACUCAAGAAAGGGAAAGAGUAUUGGUACACUUUUCUAAGAGGUAUUUGGAUUGUAAUCCAGGGUGUUUUAACUCACAAGACGCUGUACACACACUGACAUGUGCAAUUAUGUUGCUUAAUACGGACAUUCACGGACAGAACAUGAAUAGGAAAAUGACUUGUAAUGAGUUCAUCGAAAAUUUAGCUGGUCUUAAUGAAUGUGACAACUUUCCGAGAGAAGUUCUCAAGCAACUUUAUUAUGCAAUUAAAAACUUUCCGCUGGAAUGGGCGUUGGACGAUGAUAUUGAAGAAAAUGCAUCACAAGUACAAAAUAAGCCUCUUGAAGGUGGAAUUGGUAAUAAUCCUUUCUUGGACGUUCCUAACACUGCUAAUGCUGUCGAGUACAAAAAAGGCUAUGUAAUGAGAAAAUGCUGUUACGAUAGUAAUGCCAAAAGAACUCCAUUUCACAAGCGAAGUUGGAAGAUGUUCUACUGUACCGUUCGAGAUCUCGUCCUCUACUUACACAAAGACGAGAAUGGUUUUCGAAAAAGUCAGAUGAGCGACAAUUUGCACAACGCCAUCCGAAUACAUCACGCCCUAGCCACCAAAGCAACAGAUUAUACCAAAAAGCAGUUCGUCUUCAGGUUACAGACUGCAGAUCAAGCUGAAUACUUGUUCCAAACUAGUGAUUCGAAGGAACUGCAGUCGUGGAUAGAGACGAUCAAUUUCGUAUGUGCAAGUCUGUCUGCACAGCCUCUGGAAGCGGCCGUUGGUUCCCAGAAGAAGUUCCAAAGACCGUUACUACCAUGCAGUCGCACAAAAUUGAACCUGCGUGAGCAGUUGCAUGAUCAUGAGGAGAGAGUUAUUAGACUGGAAUUAGAAUUGGAGGAACACAGGAAGAUGGCACCAGAAAAAGGGUCAAAGUCAUUGGUGAUACAAAAUUAUAAGGAAAAAGAGAAUUAUUUGUUGUAUGAGUUAAAGAGAUACAAAACGUACGUGAACACCCUGCAGUGUCGCCUGAUUCAGCAUCCGGAAAUAGGUGUUAGUUUGGCAGAAAACAGUAUUGGGGAGAUGGACGAGGCUGGCGGUGUGGCGCUGAUCGAGAGUCCCCCCGAAGGCAUCGUGCCUCCCCCCAUUCCCGAUCGACGUUCUCCAGUCACGAAUAGGUACAGUUACAGACAAGCUAUUUACAGUCGAAGUAUUCCAAACGGUGAUGCCGAAAUAGGCUGACGGGUUAUGGGGUUGUUUUCAGCAUGCGUGCUUUAAAGUAAUAUAAAAUUAAAUUAAAAUUAAACUAAAAAGUAAAAAUUACCUACGUACAUACAUACAUAUAUAUGAUGAGAGGGUUUUUGGAUUAUUUGUAAAAACAGACACACGAAGAGGCAAUUAAAAGUAUAUUUUGAUAUCGGGUUGGACGUUGCGGAUCGAUUUUUUUGAAAUACGAAAUAUAAAAAUAAAUUAAUAUAAUAAUUAAGUAACGCGAAAAUAAUUGUG